GCCUAGGAACCUCAAUAUGCAGUAUUGGGGGUGGCCCUAAAAAGCAGAAAAAUAAAAAAAGAAUGACAGUUUUUGUCACAUAUUAAAUUAUUUUACUUAUUUCUCUUAGGUAAUUAAGAAUCUUUAAAAUCAAAAGCCAAACUUAAACUUCCUUAUAAAUGAAUGUUUAGUUUUCCUGGCUACACUCAUUUAAUGAUUUUAUUGGUUAUUCCCAGAAUUUCAGUUACUCUCUUUAUGACAAAAGGUAUAUAUACAAAUAUUCAGCCCACACUUCUCUCUUCUGUUCCACAUAAGUAUGCCUGAUAUUUCAAAUUGAAUGUAUCUUUUUUCCUCCCUAAACCAGUGUUCCCACUCUCACUAAAGGACGCUGUCAUCACUCAAGCCCCAAACCAGCAAAUUAUCAUUUUCUCCUUCUCCCACACAUCUCCCUCAACUAUUCCUAUCCUGUAGAUUUUUUUUUUCUUUUUAGGGCCACACCCAUGGCAUAUGGAAGUUCCCAGGCUAGGGGUUGAAUCAGGGCUGAAUUGAAUGCCCUGGCUUAUACCACAGUACAGCAAGGCCAGAUCCAAGCUGUGUCUGUGACUUAUACCACAGCUCAUGGCAACCUGGGAUCCUUAACCCACUGAGCAAGGCCAGGGAUCGAACCUUGUCCUCAUGCAUACUAGUCAGGUUCUUUACCACUGAGCCGCGACAGGAACUCCUUAUCCUGUUGAUUUUGUCUCUUAGUCAAUCCAGUCCCCUUAUUGGACUGCUGAAACAACCCCAAAAGGGUCUUCCAGCCUUCACCUUGCUUUCCACCCCUUGUACACAAUUUUUCUCUGCAUUAUUAGCAGAAGGAUGUGUGUGUGUGUGUGUGUGUGUGUGUGUGUGUGUGUGUGUGUGUGUGUGUGUGUAUGUUUAAUCAUGUCAUAUCUUUUUCCAGAUCCCUUUUAUGGUUUUCUGCUCACUCUAGUGUAAAUUCCUUAAAAUAGUUUUCAGGGCUAUAUUUGAUCUAGGCUUUGCUUGCCUCUGGCUUCCUAUCUUAUUUCUAGUGCCUGAUUCUUUGGCCUUACUAGAUCUCUUUCACUGAGCUUGAUUUAUCUGUUUUAACUCUCUGAUAUCUUUUCCCUCUGCACCCAUCCAAUUCUUAUUUAUCUCUUCUAUAGGGAGGCUUUCUUUCCUAGAUUAGAUUAGAUCACCUCUGCUCUACAUUCCACAGCGCCCCAUAUUUCUACUUUUAUAAAUCCUAUAUUUGUAACUACUGGUUUAAUGUCUUUGUCUAGCUGUGAUAUAAGCUCUGGGUAGGUGAGGCAUGUUUGACUUUUUCUCUACUCUCAAGUUCUGAUGAUACCCAAACCCCAUUCUAUUUGAUGAGUCUCUGUAGGAGGAUUCAGCCCUGGGUCCACUUUAUGUCCCUACUGUGGAAGAAGAUAAGCAAAUUCCAGAAAGUAUCCUCUUAAACCUUUAAAACUCACCACAGAGGCAGAGACCUGAUGAGAAGCCUACAGAGCAGCCUUAUUAUGUACUUUAGCAGACAUCCUAUUCCUUCAUGCCUUCUGAGCUCUUAGUUGUGGUAAAUCAUCUGUCUGUCAAAAAAAAAAAAAAGAAAAAGAAAAAGAGAUCAUCUCUCUGUUUUCUGUUUCUCUUGAAAUAAUGCUUCUAAUUCUUACUUCAGGGUUAUAUGGAGAGAUUUUGGCCACAGUAUGCAGCAGCUUGAUGUGAUCUCAGUUUCCAGACUAGGGGUUGGACCUGGGUCACAGCAGUGAACAUACCAAGUCCUAACCACUAGGCCACCAGGGAACUCCCUGGAAAGACAUUUUUGGAUGAAGAGUUAUGAUUUUGACUUUACAAACACCAGGGACUCUACUAUUUUUGCACUAAGUCAGAAAUUAUUUCAUAAUUAUAAUGUUUUUGUGUUUUUUGUGGGGUUUUGUUUUUGUUUUUGUUUUUUUUGUCUUUUUAGGGCUGCACCCACAGAAUAUGGAGGUUAUGGAGGUUAGGCUAGGGGUCAGAUUGGAGCUGCAGCUGCUGGCCUACACUACAGCCACAACAUCACCAGAUCCAGGCUGCAUCUGCAACCUACACCAGAGCUCACAGCAAUGCUGGAUCCUUAACCCACUGAGUGAGGCCAGGGAUCAAACCUGCAUCCUCAUGGAUACCAGUUGGAUUUAUUUCUGCUGAGCCAUGACAGGAACUCCUGAAGUGUUAUUAUUUUUUUUUAACUGCAGCCUAUAGUCUUAUAUAGAGCUAUGCUUGAAGAAAAAAAUUUUAAUUCAUAUAACAUCUAGAAGAAAGGACAAUCAGUGUACGUCUAGGUUGUAUUAAAUAAAGAGAAGUCCCUAACUACUGUCCCGCUCCUUGGCAUAUAGUAAAGGUGGGUGGAUCAGAUUUAAUGCAUUAGCAUUGCUAUGAGGCCAUUUCCCCACACAACUUUUGAUUAUGACUUUUCAUAUAAGUUAUUGUAUAAUGGACAUAGUGCACUAAUUGACAUGAAUAUUCCUGUUCAUUUCAUAGUUAUUUUUAUCUUUAUAAAUAACAUUCUGGUUUUAUUUGUCAAGUGCUUGAGUAUUUGCUGAUAUGUCAGUCUGUCUGACUGUCACUUCUUGAACAGCUGACCAAUAGAGUUUGUGAACCUGGAAAGCUGGGAGUCCCCACCACCACCCUGACCCCUGGUGAUGCAUUCCCACUGCUUUCCUGAUAGCUUCUGUGUGAGUUAUCAGAUAAUAUCCCUGGGCAACAGUCUUUCCUCAUUUUUCUGUUUCCUGGGACAGUGAUGUCCCCUCCCUACUCUUUUUUUCCCUAUGAGCAGGGCUCCCAGUUUUCCAACCUUGAAGUCUUUUAUAAUCAAAGCAAAGAGAAGAUUUGUGGAUGUUGAAUAUGCAAGAAGCUAAAGAGAGAGAGAUUGGCAGAGAGAUUUGUGCAGGUUGGGUGAACAAGCCUGCUCCAGAGCAGAAUGGCUCUGAAACUGAUUUGCCAGGGAUAGUGGCAAAGAGAUUCCAAAAGGAUGAAUACCAAGAUUCUACAUUUGAAGCAAAAUAUGUUUGUGAGAAUAUGAAGGAAAGCCCUCCCAGAGAGGUUCCAGGACCAUGCAUUUUCCAAGAAGGAGGUUUUGGGGAAAUAACUCUUAUCCACAAAGAAACACCUCCAGAAGUGAUUAGCCAAGAAUAUAAUUUUGAGAGAAGUUUGUUUUUGACCUCAAGCCUUGCUACACAUCUCAGAGUUUCUACAGAAGAGAGCCUACAUCAGUGGGAGACAAGUAGCAUACACACCAAUGAGAUUUCAGACCAAAGUAAAUGUCUGACCCUCUCUACAGAGAAAAAAUCUUGGAAAUGUAGUGAAUGUGGAAAAACUUUUACUCAAAGCUCAUCAUUUACCCAACAUCAGAGAACUCACAGGAGACCCUAUGCUUGUGAGGAUUGUGGGAAAACCUUUAGUCGUAGCUCAUUCCUUGUUCGACAUCAAAGAAUUCACACUGGAGUGAAACCAUAUGGAUGUGAGCUGUGUGGGAAAACAUUUCGAUGUCAAUCAUUUCUUACUCAACAUCAGAGAAUCCACACUGGAGAGAAACCGUAUAAAUGUAAUGAAUGUGGGAAUUCCUUCCGUAAUCAUUCACAUCUCACUGAACACAGGAGAGUUCACACUGGAGAGAAACCAUAUAAAUGCAAUAGAUGUGGGAAGGCCUUCAGUCAGAACACACACCUCAUUCAUCAUCAGAGAAUUCAUACUGGUGAGAAACCUUAUUUAUGCAAUGAAUGUGGCUCUUCUUUUCGCAAACACUCAAAUCUUACACAACAUCAGAGAAUUCACACUGGAGAGAAACCCUAUAAAUGUGAUGAAUGUGCGAAAACUUUCCAUACAAAGGCAAACCUCUCUCAGCAUCAGAGAAUUCAUACUGGAGAGAAACCCUAUAAAUGUAAGGAAUGUGGGAAAGCCUUUUGUCAGAGCCCAUCCCUUAUUAAACACCAGCGAAUUCAUACUGGAGAAAAACCCUAUAAAUGUAAAGAAUGUGGCAAAGCUUUUGCUCAGAGCACCCCACUCACUAAACAUCAGAGAAUUCAUACAGGGGAAAGACCCUACAAAUGCAGUGAAUGUGGUAAAGCUUUCAUUCAGAGCAUUUGCCUUAUUCGGCAUCAGAGAAGUCAUACUGGAGAAAAACCCUAUAAAUGCAAUGAAUGUGGGAAGGGCUUUAAUCAGAAUACCUGCCUCACUCAGCAUAUGAGGAUUCAUACUGGGGAGAAACCCUAUAAAUGUCAAGAAUGUGGGAAAGCCUUUGCUCACAACACAUCUCUUACUGAACAUCAUAGAACUCACACUGGUGAAAAGCUCUAUAAAUGUAGUGAGUGUGAGAAAACCUUCCGCAAGUAUGCACACCUUAGUGAACAUUAUAGGAUUCACACUGGUGAGAAGCCUUAUGAGUGCAUUAAAUGUGGAAGAUUCUUCAGACAUAGUUCAGUCCUUUUCAGACAUCAGAAACUUCACAGUGGUGAAUAAACCUGGGAUUCAAGUUACAACAGUUUCUCUAGCGAGAGUGACUAGGAAUCUGGCUGAGGGGAGAGGGACAGGAAGAGUUUCUGGGGGGAAGGAGAAGGAGCCUUGGAUACUAUGCUCAGAAGGGUAUUUCCAGAAAUGGUGGUGGGAACUUGGAGAAUGCAGAGCCUACUCCAGGGGGGCAUCUGGGAGUGCAGUUUCUUUUCAGAGGGUUCCCUGCUUCUUGCUGUUCCUCUCUCCCCAUGGCACACUCCUGCCUGGGGGUGCCAUUUGUUAAGUUAGCCCUGUGCUGCUUUUACCACACCCCCACCUCACCUCCCCAACUUGUCACUUGUGUUCACUGGCCAGUAGGCUGAGGUGCUUUUCUAAGCACUGAUUGUCAGUGUGAAAGUGGGAGCAGUUCUGAGGUAGUGCUGAGUAGCCUGCAGAUGGUCUGAGGCAGCUCUGACCAUGCUACUGUGGGGAGGGUGCCCAUCUGUGGAAGUGACCCCAUAAAGGGGAGACAGAUACAACUGAAAACAAAGAAUCAUCAUUCAUUCAUCAUCAAAUAAAGGGAUAUGUAGCAAGAACUGGCAAUUGCUACAGAAAUGGUGAAAAAGGCUUUUACCAGGGUGAGGGAAAUCUUUCCUGAUCCUUUCAACAUGGAUGGUGAUCUGGGGCUAAGAAGGAAAUAAGAAGUCAAGAAAGACUUCUCUUGAAUGUUCUCAGUGAGAAGCAAGUCUGAUCUUUUCAGAGGGCCAUGGAGAGAAAGACCUCACAUCUGUCCCAGAGGAAUAGUGGCUUACCCUGAGGGAAAUGAUUUGUGUAGGCUGCUAGUGAUAAGGGGCCUCAGAGCAGGAAGCCUGCAUAUGCCUGUCCUGGACUAGACCAUUCAGCUGUAUCUUGUAAGUUUGGCUGGGCCACUAGUGUAUAGGAACCAGAAGAGAAGGUUCUUUUAGAUUUAAUAGAGUGGGACUUGUUGUUAGCCUUUGGAGAGGGGAAAGCAUUAAUGAUGAAUGAAGUUAGCCUUUCAGGUUGGCUGGACUUGGGGGCUGCUCGACUGGUCCUUAAGAAAGCAUUAGUGAUGAAGUGAUCAAUAUAAUGGGGAAGGCUAGAUUUUGUGUAAUCAUGGGAUUGGUGGCUAAAACCAAAGAUUCAGUAAAUCUCAGAUGGUUCUGCUUUUACUGGGACUUUUAUUCCAGGAUAUUUACUCUUCCCUGUGGAUUAGGAGUAUCUAGGGGAACACUUCUCAUGGGAUGAAUUUGGAAAGAAGUCUAGAGAGAAUUACUUCUUUUUCAAAUCCCUGAAAGUCAAGAUAGCAUGUUUUGCCAUGAUCAUGAUGGGUUUUUAUUAUUAUUAUUAUUAUUAUUAUUAUUAUUAUUAUUAUUAUUAUCUUGAGAAAAAGGAAGAGCUUGUUUCCCUUGUAUUUCUCCAUUCCUUUUCAUGUUCUUAAGUGCUACCCAGAGAUUCAGCUCUGGAAGAUUAAAUGAGGAUAGGCUUUGACUUGUAUUCAAAAUAGUUUCUAUGCUCUGAAGUUUAUAUAGUUUUAAAAAUAUGACUAUUAAAAAAACUAAAGUUAAUUCUGGAAUGGUUGGUUAUUUGGAACUCAGCAUUGAUUUUUUUUUUCCAGAACAACUAUUUUAUAAGCAUUGGUUUGAGCAAUUACCAAUAUUGGGAAUGUGUCAGAAAUUAGACACAUUUUUCCCUCUCCAGCAAUAAAGAUUAUAUUCUCAAAUAUGCCAUAGGGCAAUUCAUAAUUGAGUAAGUUAAUAUCUUUUGGGCAAAAAUAACCCUAUGAGAAUUAUAUUUUAUGCUCAUGGAAAAAAUAUGUGGUCUACUGAAAGUAAUGUCAAUGUAUUUAUAUUUCCUAAAUGAAAAAACUAUAGAAUUUGUUGCUGGCACAUUGUGAAUGUUCAAUUAAUAUUUAUUUGUUGAAUUAAUAUAUUUUAAUCAACUUUGACCACCAAAACUUUAGGAACUUCCUUAUACAUAAUUAUGCUAAGUAUCUAAUUUAUGCUACUAGUUUUGGAGCCUUGAGUGGAGGAUUAGAGAGGAAAGGGAGAGUUUUCUUGAGGAAGAAAUGGGGAAACCUUAAGAGUGAAACUAGUUGUUAGAAAAAUUUUCUAGGAGUUCCCAUUGUGGCUCAGCAGGUUAUGACCCCAACUAGUAUCCAUGAGGUUGCAGGUUUGAUCCCUGGCCUUGCUCAAUGGAUUAAGGAUCUGGCAUUGCUGUGAGCUGUGGUGUAGGUCACAUGCAGCUCAGAGCCCAAGUUGCUGUGGCCGUGUUGUAGGCCAGCAGCUGCAGCUCCAGUUCAGUCCCUAGCCCGGGAAUUUCUAUGUGCCACUAGUGUGGCACUGUAAAACAAAAAAAAAAAAAAAGAGAGAGAGAGAGAGAGAAGUUUUCUGUAAUGGAAUGAACACCACCGAGUUUUAAUCCUCAGGUGCCAUUUUCACUGGCUGGGGAUUCAGGAAGAAAAUCUAUCAUUUAAAAACUGCCUUACUUCCACAUUCUCACACUUGGAGAUACUUGCUCCUGAUUUUCUCAGUUUCUGGCCCACUCCAGCAUGGCCCUAGAUCUAGGAAUUGUUCUCUUCCUAUCUUCCCUCAUCAUACCCAGUCCACCACCAUGCCCUAUUGACAUUAUUGCCUAAAUAUGGAAACCAUCUCUACUGCUACUGCUUUAUUCCAGUUCUCCAGAUUACUUCCUAGGCUAUUUUUCUCUUUUCCUAACCAGUCUUGCAGUUUCUUCUCUUUUUUGCCACACCCACAGGAUGCAGAAGUUCCCGGGCCAGGGACUGAACCCAUACAACAGUAGCGACCUGAGCCGCAGCAGUGACUAUACUGGAUCCUUAACACACUGAGCCACCAGGGAACUCUUGAGUCUUACAGUCUCUUCCCCCACUAGGCCGUCUUACACAUUUCUUCUGGAUGAUCUUUGCAAGACACAGCUGAUCUCUUUCUGAAUAAAUUUCUAGCCCCAAAAGGGGCAGCUGAAGCUCCUCAUCUGGUCCAUGCCUGCAUCACCAUUCUCAGUGGACAUUCCUUGCACAUCCUGUUCCAUAGAGCAAAUUCUUGUGACUCGUCAUCACCAGUGAUCUCUACUUUAGCACUUUUGCACAUACUAUUCCUUUUGCCUACUUCCCUUCCUUGCUUCUGCUGCCUGGGAGCCUCCCAUUUGUCACUUAGGAAUGUGCUCAGGCAGCAUCUCUUCCUAGUUCUCUUUCACCUCACAUAUAUUUUUAAAUUAUUUCUAUAUUUUGUACUUUUAUCCCUUUAUGUGUCAUUUUAGGUUGUAAUAGUUUAUAAAUCUUUCUCUUCCCACUGAACUGUCAGCUCCAUUAGGGCAGGAGCCAUGUGAAAUUUACUCACCUCUGUAUUCGGUCUCUGGCAUUUAGUAGGUGCUCAAUAAAUAUUUGUGGAAGCCAA